UCAUCCGCCCCUCCCCUCCUCUUCCUCCUCCACACCUCACCCGCUCCAGACCAGAGGCGGAGCACGAGCCGCACGAGGUCCGUCGAGGAGGAGGUGGAACGAGCCGCGCCCGGGCCACCCGUGCCGUGUAUCGCUGUAUCACGCAGCAUUUACCAAGAAGGAAACAGCAGACCGAUGGCUCCGAGCUACGAGAUGGCCGCCUCCAUCCUGCUCUGCGCCGAGGACAGCAGCAGCAUCUUCGGCAUCGGCGACGGCCAGGAGGAGGCGGCGGCGGGAGCGAGGGCGGGCGGGUCCCCCUACUGCGGUGGCGGCGGCGAGCUGGCCGUGGAGUUCCCGCUGCCGUCCGAGGAAUGCGUGGCCCGCUGGGUGGCGACGGAGGCGGAGCACAUGCCGAGGGAGGACUACGCGGAGCGGCUCCGCGCCGGGGGCGUGGAUCCCCGCGUGCGGAUGGACGCCGUCGACUGGAUAUGGAAGGUUCACACGUACUACGGCUUCGGCCCUGUGACUGCGUGCUUGGCCCUCAACUACAUGGACCGCUUCCUCUCGCUCUACCAGAUACCGGAGGGCAAGGCUUGGAUGACGCAGCUGCUAUCCGUGGCGUGCUUGUCUCUUGCUGCCAAGAUGGACGAAACUUCCGUGCCUCAGUCCAUCGACCUGCAGGCCGGGGACGCGCGCUACGUGUUCGAGGCGAAGACGAUCCAGAGGAUGGAGCUGCUGGUCCUGAGCACGCUCAAAUGGCGGAUGCAGUCCGUCACCCCCUUCUCCUACCUCGACUACUUCCUCCACCAGCUGAGCGGCGGCAAUGCGCCGUCGAGGCAGGCCGUCCGGGAGGCCGCGGAGCUCAUCCUCUGCAUAUCCAGAGGGACGAACUGCCUGGAGUUCCGGCCCUCGGAGAUCGCCGCGACGGUGGCCGCCGCCGUGGCUGUGGAAGAACACCCUGCCCACAGGGCGGCUUGCUGCACCCACGUAGAUAAGGAGCGGGUGCUGAGUUGCCAUGCAGCGAUGAUCCAGGCCACCGGCGCCGCCGUGCCGCCACCUAAAACCGCAGGCCUGAUGGGCAGCUCCUACUCCCCCGCCGUGUCUGCUCCCCAGAGCCCUACCGGGGUGCUCGACCUGGACGCCGGCUACCUCAGCUGCACAAGCGACGGCGCCAGCACGACGACCACCAUGGCAUCGUCGCCGUCUGAAAGCUCUGGCUUCGACAGCUCCCCGGUCAGCAGCAAGAGGAGGAAGAUCAGCAGAUGAUGAUUUAGGACGUGAUAUGCUCCAACCCCCCC